AUGAGAAAUUUAAAAUUAUUUUACAAUAAAAUACAAAUAUCAAAUAAAUUAGAAAACUUUCAUAUAACAAAUUCAUCACCAAUCCAUUUAACAUAUUUAUCAGUGACAUGUGAACUAUCUGUUAUUGAUUCUAAAUCUGUUACAAUAUUUGAUGGUCAACAUUUAAAUAUAACAAGUAUUUAUUUAAUUGAUGAUGAACAACAAGAACAAGAUACAGCUGAUAAAGAUAAAGAUAUUAAAAUAGUGAGUGCUAAAUAUAGUCCAGCACAAGAUUUACUUGUUAUUAUAACAACAGAUAAAUGUUUACGAUUAUUAACAUUAGAUAAUUGUUUGGGUGGUGCUUCAACACAACUUGUACAACUUGUACAAUGUAUUCAAUUAGAUGAUAUUAAUAAAAAUAAUAUUAAUCAAAAUAUUGUUAAUGUUGGUUGGGGUAGUAAACAAACACAAUUUUAUGGUUCUGAAGGUAAACAAGCAAGAACAAUAGAAAUACAACAACAACAACAAAAACAACAAAAAGAUAAUGUUGUUAAUAAUAAUAUUAAUAUAAAUAAAUUAAUAUAUAUAACAUGGCGUUCUGAUGGUACUUUAUUUGCUAUAAACUUUAUACGUGGUGGACACAAUGAUGAUGGGUAUGGUUAUGGUUUUAUUGUUUUUAAUUCUGAUGGUAUUGCACAAUAUUCAUCAGAUAGAGAGAAUAUUAUUGGUUUAGAAGGACCAUUAUCAUGGAGACCAUCUGGUAAUUUAAUAGCUGGUGUUCAAUUUAUAUCAAAUACUAAUAAAUAUCAAAUUGUAUUGUUUGAAAAGAAUGGAUUAAAACAUGGUCAAUUUAUAAUUAAUAAUGAGAAUAAAGUUAAAAAGUUAUGUUGGAGUUUAGAUUCAGAAGUAUUAUGUAUUCAAUAUGAAAAUAGUAAUCGUAUUGAUUUAUAUACAAUUAAUAAUUAUCAUUGGUAUUUAAAACAAUCAUUAAUAUUUAAUAAUAAUAAUAAUAAUAAAAUUAAUAAUUGUUUAAUUGAAUGGAAUAUUAAUAAUACAACAACAGUAGGUGAUAAUAAUAAAAUAUUAAAUAUAUUAUUUAAUAAUAUGUUAUUAAAAUAUGAAUGGAUUUGGACAACAACAACAACAACAACAACAACAGAUGAUGAUUUAAAUGAUGAUUUAGCUUGUGUAGCUGUUAUUGAUAAUAUAAAUGUAUUAUUAACAUCAUUUAAAUAUGCUUGUAUUCCACCACCAAUGUAUGCAUUUAAAUUAUCAUCAUUAAAUCAAUUAAAUUCUAUUAAUUUUAUAUUAUUUAAUAAUAAUAAUCAUAAUAUUUAUAAUCAUAAAUUAAUUGCAAAUAAUAUAACAUCAAUGUUUAUAUUAAAUGAACAACAAUUUAUAUUAUUAACAACAUUAAAACAUGAAUUAAUAUGUAUAAAUAUUAAUAAUGAAAUAAAUAUUAUUAAUAAUAAUAUUAAUAAUUAUUUUAAAAGAUGUAUUGAACGUGGUAGUAAAAUAAUAAUAUCAUAUAAUUAUAAUAUUAUAUUACAAAUGCCACGUGGUAAUAUUGAAUUAAUAAAACCACGUAUAUUAUUAAUAACAUUAAUCAAUAAAUUAUUAACUAUUAAUAAUAAUUAUUUAUUAGCAUUUAAUAUUAUGAAACAAGAACGUAUUAAUUUAAAUUUAUUAUAUGAUUUUAAUUCAAAAUUAUUUAUUAAUAAUAUAAAUAAUAUUAUUAAUACAAUUGAUUUAAAUGAUUUAAAUAUAUUUUUAUUAGAAUUACAAAAUGAAGAUGUUACAAAAACAAUAUAUAAACAAUAACAAUUACAAUUACAACAACAAGAAUUAACUAAUAAUAUAAAUAAAAUACAUUUAAUUGCUAAUGAAUUUAUUAAAUAUUUAUUAAAAUUAAAUGAUAAUAAUAAUAAUAAAUAUAUAAAAACAAUAAUAACAGCAUAUGUUAUUAAAGAUACAGAUCAAGAUUUAGAAGAAGCAUUAUUAUUAAUAUAUAAUAUUAAAAAUAAUAAUAAUAAUAUAGAUUUAUCAAAUAAAUUAUUAAAAUAUUUAUUACAAUUAAAAUCAAAUAAUAUUAAUUUAAUAUUUAAUAUUGCAUUAGGAAUGUAUAAUUUUGAUAUAAUUAUGUUUGUUGCACAACAAUCACAAAAAGAUCCAAAACAAUAUAUACCAUUCUUACAAGAAUUAAAUUCAUAUACAAAUCAAUAUUAUAAACAAUUUAAAAUUGAUAAUUAUUUAAAACGUUAUAAUAAAGCAUUAAAAUCAUUAAUAUUAUAUUAUAAUGAUAAUACUGAUAAUACUGAUUUUAAUGAAUGUUUACAAUUUAUAAAAUUACAUAAUUUAUAUAAAGAAGCACUUGAAUUAUAUAAAAAUAAUAAUAAUAAUAAUAUUUAUUAUAAAGAUAUUUGUAAUAUAUUUGGUGAAUAUUUAUAUAAUAAACGUUGUUAUCAUGAAGCUGCUAUCAUGUAUGAACGUUCAUUUAAUUUAAAUAAAGCAUUAGAAAUGUAUCAAUUAAAUAUAAAUAAUGAUCCAACAAUAUCAAUACAACAUUAUGAUAAUAAUAAUAAUAUAACAGCAUUAUUAGCUACAACAGCUACAACAAUCUUAUGUAAUUAUUUACAAGAUUAUGAAUCAGCUAUUGAUAUAUUAACUGAUGCUAAACAAUGGUCUGAAGCUAUACAUUAUUGUUAUUUAUAUAAACGUAAAGAUUUAAUAGAAACACAUAUUAAACCUAAAGCAUUACAAUAUUAUGAAAUAUUAACAUUAAAUAUCAAUGAAACAAUACAACAAUUAAUACAACAAACAGAACGUUUAAUUAUUGUACCAGCUGUUAAUUGUGAUUUAUAUUCAGAUACAACAAGUAUUGUUUCAAAAACAACAACAACAAGUAUUAAUUCAAAAUCAUCAUUUAAAAGUUUUCGAUCAAGUAAAAAUAAACGUAAACAUGAACGUAAAUUAUAUAGUUUAAAAGAAGGCAAUAAAUAUGAAGAUUUAGCAUUAAUACGUUCAUUACAUCAAUUAAUUACAAAAACAUAUUUAUUAAUUAAUAAUAAUAAUAUUAUAAAUAAAUUAUUAUUAAUAUUAAUGAAUUUAAAUGAAGAGAAUAAAGCAAAACAAUUACAACAACUAUUUAAACAAUUAUUAAAUAAAAUUAAUGAAUAUCAAAAUAUAAUAUGGCCACCAUCAUUAACAUUAACACAAUCUAUUGAUGGACUUGGAUCUGGAUCUGGAUCUGGAUCAGUUGAAUUAAAUCAUAAUGAUAGUUUAAUUACAACAACAUAUGGACCUAAUAUGACAACUAAUUCAAUUAUUAAUGCAACUAAACAACAACAACAACAACAACAAGAUCAUACAAUAACAACAACAAUGAAUUUAUUAGAAGUUCAAUAUCGUUAUCCACCACAACAACCAACAGCACAUUGGAAACUAUUUAGUUUAGAAUCAUCAAUUUAAUUAAA